UUAAAAAAUUAAAACGAAACAUAACUAAUUUAAAAAGUAGACAAACUAGGCCAUGACUGAACGACUAAGAAAACUAGGUCACACGAGGCAGCAAAAAUACUGCGUAACAUAAACAUUACCUUCUUUCUCCAUAGAAACUACAUCCCGCCCUUAAUGAAUUAAGCACCGCCCACUGAUAUCUUCUAUUGGAUUAACUCUCUGUCAAUUUUAAAAUUCCGUUUUUUCAUUGGCUCUUCACCUCUCGUCAACUUAUUUCGAUUCCAUACGCGCCAAACAUUGUAGGCCGUGACAUACUUAACGCAAAUACUUCGAACCGACACUGUUUAUGUCCACCGAUAAAUGAAAAAUCCAGUUUGUUUGUAAGCAAAAGUGUGUUUUGUUAGUUAUUGUUCAAUCUAGCCGUCUAAAAGGAAAGAAGAACACCCCUCUCUCUGUCUCCAAGGCAGCAGGCAGUAAACUGAAAGGACAGCAAGUGUGUUGUUGAAACAAGCAGUGUGCUGGCGCAUCAGCGAUGUGGCUGAUGCACGGCCGGAGGAGCAGCCCCAGGGGCGACAGUGUUUGCGUUGCUGUUGAUGACUGCAGUAUCACCAGCGUGAUGAAGACCGACUCCUUCUGCAUGAACCAGUCCUUCCCCUCCGCGCGGAACUGCACUCUCAACCGCGUGGACGCAUCAGGUGAUUCUCACGUUGGUUCAUCAGUGGCGGUGAGGAAUCUUCAGAUCUCUGAUCUGCAUGGCUCCCAUCCUGUGUCUCCGUCAUCGAAUCAUGGUUCUCCAGUAUUGGAGAGCUCUCUGCUCAGACAGCUCAUGUGUACUGCUCCAGAAAAAAGAGGCACAGCUCUCACCAUCAACCCUAAUAAAGCUGUCGUGUCCAUUAAUUGCACCACGUUACAGGUUUUGGAUGCAAAUGAACAUGCUUGUAAGUUGUUUGAGUGUGGAUACAGUGAUUUGAUCAGCCGGAAGCUGACUUCUCUCUUAAGAGCCAAUCAGAUGCUAGAGGAGGUCCUGAAGGAAGAGACUCUGGAUUCUGACGGAAACCUAGUUCCUAUUUCUGCAAAAGUGGUGAGCGCAGUGAGUUUGACAGGAGCUGAGUUUCCUGUGUCUGUGUGGCUUCAGAUACCAGAUCAGCCGCAGCAAAACCUAGAGCUCCUGCUGGAGCGAGUGGAGAGAAUCACAGCACACGUGACGUUCACUCAAAAUGGCGGAAUCCUUAGUUGUGAUGGCACUUUUGCCCAUCUUUAUGGUUACCACUCUGCUGAGGAGAUGACUGGUCUGUCAAUCAUGUCUCUGAUGCCUUCACUACAGAUCCCCUUCCAUUGCAGGACUCCCAAGGUGUUGCGUGUUCAGAGAUUGCACGUGCAGGCCAGGUCUGGUUUGGUGGUGCCAGCAUGUGUCCGUCUCCAGGCGGCUGUUUCCUGCGGAAGAUCACCGCUGCACAUUAAAGGAUCGGCACAUCCAGAACCUACUGAUGGUUCACUUACAAGUUUGCGACAGGCAAACCAAACUAAUUCAGGUGGUGUCCUGUCCCCCAGCGCAGAUGUGCUGUACUCUGGGUCGGUGUGUGUGUUUGCUCCCAGUAGCUGCCUCCUGACACUUCAGCCCAACGGCACCAUUCACAGCCUCAACAACCCCUUCAGCUCUCUGCUGCUCGGCUACAACAGCAGUCAGCUGCUCGGAAAGAAUGUCACAUACCUGAUACCGGCUUUUUAUGAGCGAGUUCGUGCGGCAGACCAAAGCGACCACCCUACAGCUUAUCCCCAUGAUACAUCCAGCCCCUCUGACAGCUGCAAAGACCCCUUUAGAUGUUCCGCUAGUGCUAGCUGUUGCCCUGCUGAUGCUACUGACAUGCUCACAACUAAGGAAGAUCAGGAUACAUGUAUUAACUGGAUGAUAUGUGCAGAUCCAAACACAGUGCUUGCUGGUGACAGUGUGAUGGUGCAUAUAGCCAUGCGUAGGAGAGCAGGUCUUGGGAAAGGGAAAAGGAUCUUCACUGGGACAUGUGCUAAACUGGAGAAGAACGGCGUCCUAUCAGUCAUGACCUCUCCAGCUGUCACCUCCACACCACUGAAUGGGUUAGAUGAAACUACAGAGCUUUGUGAGCAGGUUGUGGAUGUGACUGCUCGAGUCUCAGAGUCUGACUCUGCCAACUCCACCACCGCUCUGCUACAGACCUUUGCUCUGGUGGAGUCCCAGGAAGUCCACAAAACCUGCCCCUCCACUACUGUCUAUCCUUAUUGUGGCCCAUCAGUGCAGAUCUCUGGGCGAGAUGCCUCCAAGGCUCCACACUCAAACCGUACAGAAGCUCCAGUAAAGUCCUGUGACUCUGUGCCACAUUCAAAACCUCCCACAAAAGCCUGCCAGUGUUCAGAGAAAGCCCAGCUUCAGGACUCCAGCUUUGAGGUGAUUUCUCUAGGCAGUGGGUCAUCAUCUGGGUUCUGUGAGCGGUUGGUGGGCGGCUCUGGUCCUGAAAAGUUAGAUGAGUCUCAGCAAGGAUGUCAACUAGCGGAAUCGGGCAGCACCUUUCUGGAUUUAAACUCCAAUGGAGAUGUCAUUGUUCAUGCCAUGUCUGAGAUGGACCUGAAUGAUAGUGUUGAGAUUCAAAACUCAGAUCUUAACCAUUCGCUUACCUCAUGUGACACCGCUGAGCUCCUGCGUACCCCUUCCCCCUUUGUUGUGGAGUCUGACCCUGAAGCAGAAGCUGAAAUCUGCCCAGAGCAGGAGACAACACAAAAACCUGACCCAUCAGCACAAGAGCGAGAACGACAAACAAGCCCUCAGCAGAAAGCUCAAGAGCAACUGCCGGAAAAUCGUGUAAUCAAACUUCGGGAACAGUGGAAUUCCUUUUCGGAACAUGUUGUCGGCCGUGUUCUGGAUCUCCGUAAAGCUGGAAUUCUGUUGCCAGGCGACACUCCGGCCACCUCCACUCCUAAGAAGGUGAAGGUGAACUCCUCCAUUCCGGAGGGAAAGGUUCAUGUGACCUGCUACAACAGAGAAGGAACACCAAUCGAGGUGCAGUGUGAUGUGCGCUGGGUGUCCCUGUCCAGCGGCAGCUCUCUGGUCUGUCUUUGGCUGAGUGGGAGUCAUCUCCUGCUCCACCACCAGGAGGCGCCACAGAGCACAAUGUCUCCCACAGUGAGGACAGGAGCCCCAGAACAGGAGACUUUUGCCUGCAGUCUCGCUGAGGCCAUUCGUUCAGACGCCUUGCGCUCUUCUGUGGACUUGGAGCAGUCUGGAGCAUGUGAGGGUUACUUUGAAGAAGACUAUCGCCCGCUGCGCUCCAUCGGAAAGGGAGCUUUCGGAUUUGUCUGGCUCGCUGCUAGAAGGAUAGAUGAACAGGAAGUGGUUGUGAAGUUUAUUAGGAAAAGCGCAGUGGUGAGUGAAUGCUGGGUGGAUGAUCCUGAUCUCGGCCAGGUCAGUCAAGAACUGGCCAUACUGGUUCGUCUGCAACACUCCAAUAUUGUGAAGGUUUUGGAGGUGUUUGAGAAUGAGCGAUUCUUCCAAAUGGUCAUGGAGAAACAUGGGGAUGGGCUUGACCUGUUUGAGUUCAUCGACAUGCAGCCGAGACUGGAUGAGCCUCUAGCGAGCUACAUCUUCAGACAGUUGGUAGCUGCAGUGAGUUACCUGCGUGACAAAAGAGUGCUUCACAGGGACAUAAAGGAUGAAAACAUAAUCAUAAACUCUAAAUUCCAUAUCCGGCUGAUUGACUUUGGCUCUGCUGCACUGCUGGAACCUGGAAAGCUCUUCUACACCUUCUGUGGCACUCUGGAGUACUGCUCCCCUGAGGUGCUUCAGGGAAACCCUUACGAGGGUCCAGAGCUGGAGAUGUGGUCUCUAGGAGUGCUUUUAUACACCCUACUCUUCAGUGAAAACCCCUUUUGCAGUGUGGAGGAAACCCUGCAGGCCCGGCUCAACCCUCCGUGCCAGAUAUCCACAGAGUUGUAUGCACUGCUUUCUGGUCUUUUGCACCCAGUUGUUGAUCAGAGAAUGACUCUAGAGGAGCUCUUGGAGUCGCAGUGGACUCAGCAACCCAUAAAUCUAGCAGAGUACUCAUGGGGAGAGGUCUUUCCCUCCAGCAAUGAAUUCACAGAACAUGUGGAUCCCAGCUCAUGUGCGCACAAGCCAGACAUCCUCUACCUGGACCCUGAAAACAGCUUGAGCACCUUAGAGGACACUCCUUUAGAAGAUGAAGAUGAAGAGGAGGAUGAGGAGCAGAGGAGAACAAUGGCUGCGCUGCAGUCUGAGCUGCUGAAAUAUCUCACCGAUGAGUGAGGAACGGUUGUGAAAGAAGCGCUAAUGCGUUCUGCUCAACUAAUUAUGACAUUAAAUCUAAUGUCACCAUGAGCACUAAUGCGCACAAUCUCUGCAGAACUCUCCGUCCACCUGCCGCUCUUCUCCUUGAUGAUACCAGUCCGACCAAAGAGCAAAAGGAAAGUGUGACUGGGAAAUGAAGCCAUCUGUGUUGCUAAGAAACGGCUUUAUCUUUGUGUCUGGUGAAGGAAUAGGAGUGUAUUUAUCAAUGUGUUUUUUCCUUACCUUUCAUGGAGUUUUUAAAACAUUGUAUUCUUUGAUGUGGAAUGUGCUGUUUGUUGUAAUACUAUGGUGUUGAGUGCCAGGAUUGUCCUGUUAAAACAUGUGGCACAUGCACUAGACCAGUAUGAAGGUCACCCAGGCUUUAAAAUGUUAUUUAUCCUUUAAAGCUUUAAAAGAAUUUUAGCUUGCUUUUUUUUUUUUUUUUUUUUUUUUUACCUUUUUGAGGAAUGAAUAUUUUAAUUAUUUUUAACAUUUAUUUAUCCUAAGAAUAAAUUAUUAGCAUGAUUUCUUUUGGUAAUUUUGGUUUUAUUUCAAUUUAUGCAUAGGCUUUGUAAAGCCUCUAUCAAAUGUUAAUGUCAAUUAAAUUCUUCAAUAAAAU